CAGAAAAUAACAAAAAAAAAAGCAACAAGAAAAAAAGCAAGACACUUGCAACAACAAUGCAUAUUGUAUGAAAAGAAAUCAAAAGUUGAAAGCAGAAAGCAGAAGCCAAAAAGAUUUAUGACCAACAAAUAUUAAAUUUGCCAAACCAACCGACUAUGCGACACAUUUUUGACAUUUACAAAUAAGUGAAGAACAACAAAAACUAUAACAAUAACCAUAGAAGUAACAUAGCAGCAAGUAGCACAGGCGACAGCGACUAGGUCAGACUUGGCAAGUAGCAUUUGAGCGUGCCAAUAGGCCAGCGUGCCGCUUAGCUGGCCUGCCUAGCUGAAUGCAGGUCGCUUACAGGGGAGGAGGCGCCGUCUGGGGGCAACAUUAAAUAAAUUGCCUAUCGCACUAUGCUUGUGUACACACUCGUCUGCUCACUUGUUGUAUGAGGACAUAUUUACGUCGCUACAUAUGGUCCACAUAACUCCCGCCGCCGCCGCCGCCAACGCAUGAGCGCCAACUGCAAUUACAGCACAUUAUAGAGGCAAACUCACGUCGUCGCAGCCAACGCCACACCAGCUCAGGAUUAACAACGACAGGCGCAGGCAGCCAGCCAGGGGAAGCAGUGCGCGGUUUGGGUGUCAAAAAGAAUGGCUGUGGCGAUGCGACCAAAUGGUUUACAUCAUGCAGUUUCGUUAGGCACCAUAGAGGUGGCGUCUAAGUCGUCAGUGGCUACUAGCCAUUACGAUCGCAGUUACGACUCCGAAGAUGAGAAUAUGAGCCGACGCCGUUUGCGACACACCUCCUCCACAGAACUGUAUCCGCGCCCAUCCGUUUACUCCAAAGGCGAUAUACGCGAACAGUACUGCCUAACUGAUCGUCAGCUGCAUAGCAUCGAGCGGCCACGUCGCGAUCGCUUCUUCGGCUGUCUCUCGCGUCGCAGCGGUGUGCAGCAAUCGUUUCUAGGCGGUUGUGUGGGCCGACGUGUGCCCUCCGAUGAGAAUUUAGCCGCUUACGCGCCCUUCUACAAGUAUCCGCGCUAUCAACGUCCUUUUCCAAAUCACGACGACAAAUCGCCCGAUUCCGAUAUGGAUAGUUCCUAUUUUCGUCGCCAACCAGCUUCAAUAUUGAGCACUGCGAAAACGCAAGACACCGGUAGUGGCCCAGGCACGGGUUCCAUUGGUGUGGGUGUCGGCCCUGCCGGACCCAUGGGCGGCAUGAGUAUGCCGCAGAACCAACGCUACUCCUGGAUGGGCACUCAAAGCGGUAUUGGAAAUGAGAAUGUCAACUUUACCAAUGAUCCAAGUUCGUACCACUAUCCCACCCAUGUCGGACUGCCAGCCGGCCAGCAACUACAAAUGGGCGGCACAACACCGAGAACUAAGCAUGUCAGUUUCGCUCGUUCGCAUACACUCACCUCCUUCGACGAUGUCAAUUUGGGGUUCCGUUCCUCCGGUCGCAUGACGACCGCACGCAGUCAAGAACGUCUUAUUGGCGGCAAGAAACCGAUCAUUGCCACCGGCGGCUCUAUCUACGAGUCGACGCAACUGCCCGCGCAUAUGGCGCAACAGCAAACGGUUAUGCAUUCACAGCAGCAACAGCAACAGCAACAACAGCUGUCACAUCAGCAGCAGCAGCAGCAGCAACAACAUUCACAACCGCCGCCAACUAAUUAUAUAACGACGUUGCCACCCGCACUCGCCAUGCAUCCACAACAUGCACAACAAGCCGUCAUACAUCAGCAUGCGCCACAUAUUCAUCCCUCGCAUGGGCAUGGCCAUUCACAUCAACAUCAUCACGGGCCACCCAUCCAUAUACAUCAGUUCGUACCGGCCGGUUAUGGUGCUGGUGUCGCCGAUCUGGGUGCUCAGGUCCAAACUGAACAACCGAUUUCCUUGUUAACCGGUAGGCCUCUCACGCAUAUGGAUGAUCUACCACUUGGUGUCGGUGGUGCUGGAGCGUCGUCGCAUGGUGGCAUGAUGCCGACUGGUUUGGGUGUGUUGACAUGUGCAACGCAGGUGCUGGCGCCACCCAGUCCCGAGGUGUUGGUGGUGGAGAAGAAAUUCCGCAAUGCCAUGAAGACGCAAGCUACGCAAACUGAGGUGCGGAAAGAUGGUUUUCCGCAGGUUUUGGCGUUAAGUCCACGUACCAUGCAUAAGGUGAAGGUGGUCUCACAAGGUGCACAGACGAAUGGAAUGCUGAAUGGCAAAAAGCUUGCCAAAAGUUUAUCGGAAAUGCCGAAUGGUAAAGCGUUACCCGGAUUGGAUGACAGAAAAAUUAGAAACUUCAUCGAUCAUAACGCCGUGUAUCGCACUCAAUCAGAGGAACCGCCAAAAUCGCCACUGGAACUCGGCGAUCCAAACAAUAUUAAUUACUAUGAACCACCGCCACCGCUUGAUACGAUUUCCUACUACAGUCAUCGCUCAUCGCAACUGCCCUCGGAGGAGAGUAUACCAUAUUUUCCAAAGGACGCGCUCGCUUUCGAUUACGAGAGUAACAGUUUGCCACGUCGCGCUUGUACAUUCCAUCGUGAAAGCAGCUUCAGCUCGAACAGUCUGCCACGUCGUGAACCACUGCACGCACAUGAGAUUUGUAAACACAUAACUGAGUGCACGGAAUUGUUGGGGGAACCGAAUGGCAGUGUUAAUGGUGGCGGUUUACUAGACUUCUCUAAACCGCACUUGCUGCCACCGCCCAGCGAGUACUGUAAAGAAGCCGAUGAGCCGCUAACAUCCACUUCCACGUUGACAGCAGAGCCCACACACGAACCCGAAGUUGUGGAUACGAGUCGACGCAAGUCCAUGGUAGCCACACUGCCACCACUGGAUGACGAUAUUACGCCCACACCCUUCAGACGUGAUGACCUGCGACGUCAAUCAAUGCCUAUUUAUGUAAAGACCGAGAAACUAAUUGAUGGUUUUGGGCCACGCUCAUCGUUCCGCUCGAAAGUCAAACCGAAACCGGUGAUAGGUGGUAGUGAAGAUAUUUCCGGUGAUGAGAAAGAGAUCUUUAUCGACUUCAAACCGAAUGUUAUGACAAAAGCGACCGCACAAUUUCCACAAGCUAAAUAUCGGUCAACCUAUAAGCCACAAUUACCGCCAGCAGCAGCACAGCUUGAGGAGUGCAAACAACAAAAAGCUGUUGAAGAAUGCGAAAACUGUCGUGCACUACAAGCAGCCGAACCGCGCUCCUCCAUCAGCGAGGACGACUACGAAGAUGAGGUUGAGCAGGAACAUGCCACAGAUAUAGAAGACGAAAAAGCACAGCAAGAGGAAAGCGAUCAACAUGAUCCGCUCUACGAGAAUGUGCCAAGUACACCAAAACCGGCAAGCGCGUCCAGCAUGGCGGCCGAACGGCGCGCCAGCAUGCGUAAACGCUCAGUGAGUUUGGACGAGCAAAAUGUCUCGCCCGAUAAAAGUACUGGCAUUUCAGCGCCACCAAGUCCCUGCCGCGAGGAAUUACUCUUCGCAAAUGCAUCUACUUACCCAUCCUCCGACUCGCUGGCCAACGAUGUGACACGCGAUCACUCGGAUGGCAUUUGGAAUGAGUCGCAAGUGACAGUCUUAACUGCCGAACCGCCGAAGGAAGGCGGCGAAGCCACCUACACGAAUGCGAAUAUGUUGUUGACACCAACGACGCGUCGGAAAAAUUUGCUGCUACAACACCAGCAACGCAGCUCGGUGGAUACGGACGCAUUGGAUUUGGAGGAUACACAAGUGGAUUUGAGCCCCACCUAUGGCAUUGCGGUGAGCACUCUACCAACAAUGUCCAAGUCCACAAAAUCCGGCGCGCUCAUCACGCAACAACCGCAAGCACGUGACUCACCCAAAUCAACGACACUUACGGUACCACAGAAAAUCACCACACCCUCAAUUGCGGUCACACCCAGUCUACCGUUGGCCAAAGAGAUCUCACCCAAGAAGUCACCCGUCACGAGUAAACGUAUCAUACAAGAGCUACCGGCCGCGCUAACACGCGAUGGACGACGCACUUCGGACGUGCAGCAGACGCGUGCGCCCACCGAUUUGAUCAUCAAUACCACAGCUAAUUUAAACAACAACAGCGGCAGCAACAAUAACAACAAGUUCAAUAACACCACAGAUGUGUCGGAGUGCAGCACGAAUACCGAUGAAUAUGCUACUUGUACUGACACGUCGAAGCGCACGCCAGUGUCGACACAAAGUUCACAGAUUGACCGUACGCAAGGUUCAUCCUUUGAGAGCGCCUCCUCACUGUAUUCGACGCGCGGCGAGGUGUUGACCGAAGAUAUACUGCAGCAUGAUGAGAAACCCACAAAGACGCAUAGGCAUGAGCGUGAUCCACAACAACUCAAGUCACCGGUCCCCACAACCGAGCAAGCGAAACGUUCACCUUCGCAUUCGAUAAGCAGCACAUCGUCGGGUAGUUAUAAUGUCGCUGGGUUGACAACGCCAUCGCCAGCCGCGAAAGAUGCGGAGAAGCAUUUGGAGACGGCUGAGAAGUUGGCGGCUUCAACUACCAAAGCUGUCAAAAGCGUCGCAACGGCAGCGAGUGGCGGCGAGCCAUCCAGCGGACGUGAGAAGCCACGCAUCAAACCCGAAUCCAUAUCGGAUGAUGAACGCAGCGAGGUACGCUAUUCAUCGUCCGGUUACUAUGAGAGUCCACACGAUGAUGAUCACGUGAUCAAGUCACGACGUCAUCGGCUCGAUGAGGAACGUAAACGUCGUAAGACUACAAUGAAACUAGACAUCGAAAAGGAGAAUUUACGCGCGCUCACUAGUCCGAUUAAGAAACCAGCGGCGGCGUUGGCGGGCGCACAAGCCACACCUAUAGCUGCGGCGGUUGCUGCUGCAGCCACGAAGGAGAAAGUAACGGAGAGCAAGUCCACCACUAGUGGGCACGCCAUUGAAUCUACAAGUCCGAAUCGCAUUAAACGUUUCCGUCCAAAGAUACGUCGUCAAUUCAGACGGAGUUCACGCGAUGAUAGCACACCGAAGCGUCAAAAGAAUAUAGUCAAUUUGUAUGGCAUGCCGCCAUCCGCGGGUAGCGCAGAGAAGCUCUUGGACUACAGCGUAGGUGUUAAGAAGGAGGAGGAACGCGAGGACUUACAUGUAACGGAGUGCAAGACGAGUAAGAUCUCAACGCCGCAUACAGCCACGGCCACAGCUGUGGCAGCGAAAUCUACAAAAUCUUCCUCAGAGGUUUGCCAGCUGAAAGCAAAAUCGAUAGAGUCACUACGUUCCGUCUCGCCCGGUUCUGAUUCGGUGUUCUACAGUGAAGCAGAUGGUCCCGUGCAGGAGCCACACAGUCACUGCUUGCACUGUGGCAAAGGUACAGAGGGUCAGACUACAAAUAUAAGCGCACUGGCUGGUGACUCAGUCGAAUCACUGCCUUAUAUCGGGAAUGAACAUGAACAGGAUAUUGUAAAACCACCGUCGGAUUUCGCCGACUCACCGGUGACUGCAAAGACGACACAACGUCUCUAUAAGAAGAUGGAUAAACGUUUUCGCUCCGAGGAGCGUUAUCAUGCGGGCGAACGUGGGCGACAUUAUAAGACACGUCAAGAGAAUAUACGCGCAAAGAGCGAAGAACGCAGUCGCGAGAGCGUACACACACGUAGUCCACAGAGCUUACGUCCAGCCGGUUCGAGUCCAUGCGUAUUGCCGGAUGCAGCGGCCGAGCAGAGUCAGCAGAUCAUUUAUCGUGGUCACUAUGAUCCAGGGCGUUAUUCACGUCUCACCGAUGCUGAUGUUUGGACGCAGCUGAAUCAUCAAAGUUUCGAUCGCCAUCGUGAUCGCCGUCCCUCAACCGAGUCGGAGCGCAGUUUUCACUCCAAGUAUCAAGUCAUUUUACAUCGUUUGGUCCAGCGUCGUUGUACCUUGGAAAUGUACCAUCGCCAACGGAACAAUAGUUUUCGUAAGUCUAAUUAUAAUCCUGGAACAAUGAUUGAACUAAUAACCUCAAACUCGUCGUCGGAUUCUUUGCGACGCAAACUGGAAGAUCUGCUGAAAUUAAUGCUCUUAGUAAUGGCGCGUGAAUCGCAUGUGAUUUCAAAGAUUACCGGGGGAGAAAGGGGCGUCGACAAAACGAUUGUGGUCAAAAGUGUGUCUGGUGAAUUUGGUUUUCGCAUACAUGGCUCCAAACCGGUCGUGGUCGCUGCUAUUGAACCUGAAACACCGGCUGAGAGUUCCGGUCUUGAAGUGGGCGAUAUCAUCAUAUCGGUGAACGGCGUUGAGGUGUUGGACAAACAUCAUACCGAAGUGGUGAAGAUCGCACACGAUGGUUGUGAGAUACUCGAACUGGAGGUGGCGCGUACCAUCGGUGUGCUGAUGCACGAACAGCAGGAACCGCCCAGUCAACCGAUCUAUAGCGGCUACUUAUGGCGACAAAGCGGUCAGGCGAAGGGCGCACCAAACACCAAGAAAUGGGUGCGUCGCUGGUUCUCCUUGCGACCGGACAACUGUCUGUACUACUACAAAACCGAAGAUGACAAUCAACCCGUUGGCGCUAUGAUCAUGGCCAAGCAUACAGUGGAUCACUGCCCACCUGAGGUUGGUAAGCCGUACGCCUUCAAAAUUGAUUCCGGCGAAGGCAUACCGUUGUAUGUGGCUGCAGACUCGGAGGAACUGUCCAGUCGUUGGAUUAAGUUGCUCAAACAAGCGGCCACACAGGGCACACCCUGGUUGGAUAAUAGCGCACACAAUCUCUACCAACCGCCGUGCAGCAUUACACGCCCGGACUGUUUCGGUUACCUGUUGAAAUUGGGCUCCCGCUGGUGCGGCUGGUCGAAGCGCUACUGUGUGCUGAAGGAUGCUUGUUUGUAUUUCUAUCAGGAUGCUAAUAGUAAAACUGCAUUUGGUAUGGCUUGUCUGCAUGGCUAUAAGGUAUCAUCGAUGUCGACCAAUGCCUCGGGCAAGAAGAAUUCCUUUGAGAUCAUACCACCAGAGACCAAAUUGCGACACUAUUACUUCUGCACCGAAUCUGAAAUGGAUAAAAAGAGAUGGAUUUCGGCUCUUGAAUAUUCUAUCGAUCGUUGGAUCAAAUCUGGGUAACUAAAGUUGAAAACUAUAGGGAGCAAACGCAAGCGUAGUUUCAGCUACUACAUUGAGUAAAAUACAAAGAACAGAAAGUGGAGAAAGAUACUGAAAAUCGGAAAACGGUGUGUCAGAGUGUCGAAGAGAACGACUUGGCUGCCAAAAAAAAAUAUAGAGGAUAUACAAUUUAAAAUAAAUAAUAUUGCAUAAAUGUAAUGAAAAAAGUCACUGCAACUGAUUACAUUUUAAGACAAAUUAAGUAGAUCUACAAGUAAUUUUAAGAAAAUCACAACAAAAGAAAACAUGUUAUAUAGAAUUGAGAGUAGAAGAACUCUAGCACUAGAACUGAAUUACAAGAAAUUUGAAGGAAAGCAAAAGAGUAAGCUACAAUAAAGAAAGCUAAAACAAGUAAUCGGAAAGAACAUUUAAGGAAAAUGAAUUGGAAAUGAAAAAAGGAAGAUGAAAUUAAAGGAAAUGUAUAUUAAAAUAUAUAAAUUUUUUAAAUUAAGCUGUAAAAACUUGAAACUGAAUUCAUUAAGCAUAACUUAAUAGAAAACUGAAAAAUAUUGUAAAAGCUUAUAAAUCGAUAAUUGUAAAUAAAAAAGCCAAAGAUUAGUGUAAUUGAAAAUGUUUUUGACUAAAUAAUAUGUAAAUACAGUUUGUAUGUAGAAAUUUCA